AUGGAUGCCAAAGUGAAAUCCAUGAUCAAGCUCAUUGACGAAGAUGCUGAUUCAUUUGCUAAAAGGGCUGAAAUGUACUACAAAAAAAGGCUUGAGUUAAUGAAAUUGGUGGAGAAGUUCUACCAGGCUUACUGUACGUUAGCUGAAAGAUAUGAUCAUGCAACGGGGGAGCUCCGGCAUGCCCAUCGAGCCAUAGCCGAGGCAUUUCCCGAUUGGGUACCAUAUGAACUGGUUGAAGAUUCACCUUCAAAAUCUGUGGGACUAGAUAUAGAGCCUCACACACCAGAAAUAAAACGUUCACUGCAUGCAUUAGUUGACCUACAUGACUUGUGUAAGGAUGCCUUGGAGGAUGGACCUCAUUUGGGAGAAUCUGAAAGGGGAAUUAGAAAUAUGGGUUCGAAAAAAUUCCAUGAGAUAUUCUUGGGGAAAGAACCAGAUGCAAAAAAUCCGAUGUCUGUUGAAGGAAGAAAUCUCAAAGAGAUGGUUCUUUCUGAGUCGACUAGAGCAGGAAAAGCUGAAAAUGAAGUUCGAGGCUUAAAGAAAGUGCUCGUUGAUAUGCAAGGUGAAAUGGAAGAUGUCUUAAGUAUCAAAGAUUUGGAGAGGACAAUCACUAUGGCUGAGGAUGAAGCUCGAUCCCUCAAGUCAUUAGCAGAAUGUUCUGAAACUGAAGUCUCUAAACUGAGAAAAGCUCUUGCUAAGCUAAACGAGGAGAAAGAAGCUAUUGCCUUCUUCCACUCUCCAGACUCUACAAAGUUUGCACUCACAAUCCAAAGAAGACCAGAAGGCUCUGGCACUGGAGCUCUAAAAUGGGCUGCAAAUGCUAAGGACUUGGAAAUUUGCGAACAUGGCUUGGAAGAAGAAAUUAGGCAGGUUAAGGAUGAAAAUCAUACCUUGAGUGAAAUGAAAUUAUGUUCAAAUGUUUCAAUGGAGAAUAUGCGAACUGAAAUCCUUAGCCUAAGGGCGAUGAAGGAGAGGCUUGAACAAGAGGGUUUAGUUGAGCAAGUCGAAGCAGCAGGUCUGAACCCAAGCUGUAUUGGAACUUCAAUAAAGAGCUGUCAGGAUGAGAACUUGAGGCUGAGACAAAUGUGUGAGCUGGAAAGCAAUGAGAAAGAAGUAUUAUUGAAGAAGUUGGAAAACAUGGAAGAACUUUUGAAGAAAAAGGCUGCUGCGAAGAGCACCCUGUCAGACACAAAUGGCGAGCUUGAAAGAUCGUGUGAAAAGUUAUGUCAUUGCAAGAAUCUUCCCAGUUUCUCCAUGGAGAAAAGUCUUCCCUAG